GUUUACUCUUUAUGAAUUUGCGGUUCUUAAUCUCAUUUAUUAAACCAGUCAGUCAUGUGUUAGUGAUGUCAUUUCCCAAGUAAACAGAGGCUGUCAAAUAGUGAAAGUAGGAAGAAAGCCAUUUAAAUUAACAGGAUGCCUAUCCUUUUUUGUACUGUGGCACGGGGAACAACAGUCCUGGCUAAAUAUGCCAGUUGUGCAGGAAACUUCACGGAAGUAACGGAACAAAUUCUUGCAAAAAUACCACCUGAUAAUUCCAAGCUUACAUACUCACAUGGAAGUUAUUUAUUUCAUUAUAUCUGCGAGGACCGAAUUGUUUACCUUUGUAUAACAGAUGAUGAUUAUGAAAGGGCAAAGGCAUUUACAUUCCUGACAGAAAUUAAGAGGAAAUUCCAGAUGCAGUAUGGUGUGAGGGCACAGACAGCAUUACCUUAUGCAAUGAACAGUGAGUUCAGCAGAGUAAUGGCCACACAAAUGAGAGUUUCCUCCGAUAUUAACAAAUCAUCAGACAAAUUGGAAAAUGCCAAAGGUCAAGUGGAAGAAUUGAAAGGAAUCAUGGUCAGAAAUAUAGAUCAGAUAGCAGAUAGAGGUGAAAGAUUAGAAUUGUUGGUGGACAAAUCAGAAGAUCUAAGUGCCAAUGCUAUCACUUUUAAGAAAACCAGCCGAAAUUUGGCACGUUCUUUGUGGUGGAAAAAUAUAAAAAUAACCAUUAUAAUUGCUGUUGUUAUAAUUGUUGUUAUUUACUUUAUUGUAUCAGCGGCAUGUGGAGGAUUGGAUUGGCCAUGCACGAGGAAAUGAUGAUACAGUAUUGGUGUAUAGCAGGAAAAUGUACAAAGUGAUUCAAUAUUACACACAGCAUCCUAUGUUAACACUUGUGAUAACAGUUUUCUCUACCCUUAGUACUCUUUAUCAACGUUAAAAGGCUGACAUCUAGACAAAAAUG